AUGAGUUACUGUGAGGAGGAGGAGGAGGAGGAAGAGGAGGCAAAAAAGAUCCAGCUACCCCCUCCACCCCAUCACCCCACAGAAAGAUCCAGCCACCCCCUCCACCCUAUCACCCUACAGAAAGAUCCAGCUACCCCCUCCACCCCAUCACCCCACAGAAAGAUCCAGCCACCCCCUCCACCCUAUCACCCUACAGAAAGAUCCAGCCACCCCCCUCCACCCUCUAUCACCCUACAGAAAGAUCCAGCUAUCACCCCCUCCACCCUCUAUCACCCUACAGAAAGAUCCAGCUACCCCCUCCACCCCAUCACCCCACAGAAAGAUCCAGCCACCCCCUCCACCCUAUCACCCUACAGAAAGAUCCAGCUACCUCCACCCCUCCACCCCAUCACCCCACAGAAAGAUCCAGCCACCCCCUCCACCCUAUCACCCUACAGAAAGAUCCAGCUACCCCCUCCACCCUCUAUCACCCUACAGAAAGAUCCAGCUACCCCCUUCCACCCCCCUCUAUCACCCUACAGAAAGAUCCAGCUACCUCCCCUCCACCCCCCCUCCACCCUCUAUCACCCUAGAGAAAGAUCCAGCUACCCCCCUCCACCCUCUAUCACCCUACAGAAAGAUCCAGCUACCCCCUCCACCCUCUAUCACCCUACAGAAAGAUCCAGUUACCCCCUCCACCCCCCCUCCACCCCAUCACCCUACAAAAAGAUCCAGCUACCCCCCCACCCUCUAUCACCCUACAGAAAGAUCCAGCUACCCCCUCCACCCUCUAUCACCCUACAGAAAGAUCCAGCUACCCCCCUCCACCCUCUAUCACCUUAG